AUGGCAUCUACCAGCCCUCCAGCGCUGACCAUAACAUUUACACCUCCACCAUCAUGUACGACCGACACGUGCAUGAUUGAAAAUCUGUCAGGUACAGAUUACUACACGACCACUGUAACAACAGGUCUCACUGGCUGGUGGCUGAACCUUGGCCCGACGGACUGGAGUACUUGCUUCCCUUCGGGAUAUGCACAGGCGACUGACUUUUACUACUCUCCUGGUAUUUGUCCAUCGGGCUACUGGACUGCCUUCCAAUCAGCCUAUACUUCCAGUGGGGAGGCUGCUGAAACCCAUGCCACCUGCUGUCCAAUAAAUUACAGCGUCCAGACCCGAAGCGAUCUGCUUUGGUUUACCACGAACCAAUGUACCUCCCGACACACCGAGCUGAGCGUUUGGACCUACACCAAAGGGGGAGUAGUUUCUAGCUUGACGACCACAGCGGACGGUAUCAAUGCCAAAGGAGUCUCUAUUCGCUGGCGUGCCUCGGACCUUAUUACUGUCACUACGACGAGCUCAUUGCAAACCACAACUAGCACAGGAAUCCGUGAUCCAACAGCAACACCAACAUCGACACCAACAUCGACGGCCCAGGAAACAUAUUCGUCCACCAGCGGGCUGUCGACAGGAGCCAAAGCAGGCAUCGGUGUUGGUAUAUCUGUUGGCGCUCUUCUCAUACUCGCGGUAAUAGUCCUGAUAUGGAUGUUGCGACGGAAAGCCAAGAAGGAAGGCCCUUCUCCCAACGACACAAAGCCUACACAUCGCAGCAGAUACAUGCCGCCCACAGAACUUGAAGAUAACGGAGCAGCGUACGGGUCCACGGAAGCCAACCACAGCCACCCAAGCCAGCCAAGUCCACUGAAUGAACUCGACUCAAAACACAUUGCUGCGGAGCUGCCCGCGCAAUGA